AUGUCGGGAGCGGCGGGGCCGGGUCCGCCCGCCGGGCAGGGCCGCUCCCCGCUGCCCUGCGCCCCCCGCCCCGCCGCCCCGCUGCAGCUGGCCGGGGGGGCCGAGCCCGCACGGCCCGGCGUCGCCGUCAUCGACCUCCGCUUCCCCCACGGCGCUGCCGCCGACGUGCAGGAGAUCGUCUUCAGGAACUUCUACACGGCGUUCCUGAGCGUGCGGGUGCAGCGGUCCGGCCCCGGCGGGUCCCGGCGCUGGGUGACGUGCCUGCGGGACCUGUGCCUGAUGCCCUGCCCGCACACCGAGGAGGGCUCCCAGGACUACUUCUGCCUCCGCCGGCAGCAGAUGCUGUGUGAUGUGGACCAGGUGACAGCCAUGCGGUUUAUCCUGCGACAGCCCUCCCCAGUCUGGCUCCACUUCACCAUCGAGGAGCUGCAGAUUUUCCCCCCUGGACAGAAGAGCCCGCAGAAGGAUUUCCCCUCCUGGCUCUCCCAGCUGACCCCUCCGGAGCAGCCAGCCAGCCUGCAUGGGGAGCUCCCCGACCCAGAGAAGGUGUCGACAGAGGUCCAGCAAAUGUGGGUGCUGACAGAGGUGAUCCGGGCUCGCCAGGCAGCCACCCGCAUCGGGCGUUUCGACGUGGAUGGCUGCUACGAUGUCAACCUGCUUUCCUACACCUGAGCCCGCCGGUGCCACUUGCUGGUGCCGGCUGGAGGGAAGUGCCCAUCCAUGCUCCCGGGGCCCAAGUGGACUCCUGUGUUCCCCGCCUUGGCCGUCGACCCCGCGGCCCCGAGGGGUCCCAAGCCCUCCCUGUGCCCAUUCCCCGACUCCCCCUGCGCUGUCUGCCAUUGAGGAGCAGCGCUACCGCUCCCGAGCCCCCUGUGAGCUCUCCCGGGCACGUCCCGCGGGCAGAGCCCGGACCCCACCCCACUCUGCAAGGGGGUGCGGGGGGACCGAGGGGUGCGGGCGUGCUGGGGGGUCACCUCGGUCACCACUAAAAGCUGCUACCUUGG